UACCUAUUAUCUCUCUUCUGUGUUUCCUUAACUCCUAGGAGCCUCCAAGGUAGACCCAGGACCCCACUUCGGCUCUGCACUGAACACUGAACAGAGGCAGUUUGUGAUUAUAGAGGGAUGGUGACUAAAGGGUGCUUUUCCUACAUGAGUGCACGAAGAGUAGACCGGUAAAAGAAGUGACUGCUGUGGAGAACAGCAUGACCACCAUGAAAGGAAGUUUCUUUCUCACACUGCUCUUGGCAGGACUUGGGGAGUCAACAACAACAGAAGAUACCCACUGCCACAGAGCUGAGCACCCAAUUAUUGCAUACAAAGAAAUUGCCCCUUGGCUACACGUGUUCAAAGGAGAAGAUGCUGUGGACUUCUCACAGUUAACAUUUGACCCAGGACAAAAAGAGCUUAUUGCUGGAGCAAGAAACUACCUCUUCAGACUGAAGCUUGAAGAUCUCUCUCUACUACAGGCAGUGGAGUGGCAAUGUGAUGAAGCUACUAAAAGAGCCUGUUACAGUAAAGGAAAAUCAAAGGAGGAAUGCCAGAACUAUAUUAGAGUGCUUCUUGUUGGAGGCAACCAUCUCUUCACCUGUGGAACCAAUGCAUUCACUCCAAUCUGCACCAAUCGCACGUUAAGCAACUUGACAGAGAUACAUGACCAAAUCAGUGGCAUGGCUCGUUGUCCCUACAGUCCCCACCACAAUUCUACUGCUCUUCUCACUUCCAGUGGAGAAUUAUAUGCUGCUACAGCCAUGGAUUUUCCAGGAAGAGAUCCUGCUAUUUAUCGAAGUCUGGGGGCCCUUCCUCCUCUCCGAACUGCCCAGUACAACUCCAAGUGGUUGAAUGAACCAAAUUUUGUGUCAUCUUAUGACAUUGGGAACUUUACUUACUUCUUCUUCCGGGAAAAUGCAGUGGAACAUGACUGUGGGAAAACAGUUUUCUCUCGUGCUGCCCGAGUGUGCAAAAAUGAUAUUGGUGGCAAGUUUGUGCUGGAGGAUACCUGGACUACCUUCAUGAAAGCUCGUGUGAACUGCUCUCGCCCUGGAGAAAUUCCAUUUUACUAUAAUGAACUUCAGAGUACUUUCUUCUUGCCAGAACUGGACUUAAUCUAUGGGAUUUUUACAACUAAUGUGAACAGCAUAGCAGCCUCAGCAGUUUGUGUUUUCAAUUUGAGUGCCAUAACUCAGACCUUUAAUGGACCCUUCAAAUACCAGGAGAAUUCUCGCUCUGCUUGGCUUCCAUAUCCCAAUCCUAACCCUAAUUUUCAGUGUGGCACCAUGGACCAGGGUUUGUAUGUAAAUCUGACUGAGAGAAAUCUUCAAGAUGCACAAAAAUUCUUCUUAAUGCAUGAGGUUAUUCAACCAGUUAUACCAAUUCCUUACUUCAUGGAAGACAACAGCCGAUUCUCCCAUGUGGUUGUGGAUGUUGUGCAGGGGAAGGACAUGCUUUUCCAUAUCAUCUAUCUUGCCACAGACUAUGGCACUAUUAAGAAAGUACUUGCCCCAGUGAACCAGAAUUCAAGCAGCUGCCUGCUGGAGGAAAUUGAACUCCUGCCGAAAAGUCAGCGAGAGCCCAUCAGGAACCUUCAGAUCCUGCACACCCAGAGUGUCCUUUUUGUGGGCCUUCAGGAACAUGUGAUUAAGGUCCCACUGAAGAGAUGUCUCUUCUACAAAACAUACAGCACUUUUCAGUGGUGGAGGAGCCCUGUGACCUGCUGCUGCUCUGACAGAAUGAGGAAUCUGACAGUGGAUGGACAUUUUGGAACAUGGUCACAGUGGAAACCUUGCACCCACACUGAUGGUGCCAGUGUUGGCUCCUGCUUGUGCAGGACGCGUGUGUGUGACAGUCCUGCUCCUCAAUGUGGAGGAUGGCUGUGUGAAGGACCAACCAUGGAGAUUGCCAACUGUUCCAGAAAUGGAGGCUGGACAACGUGGACUUCUUGGUCGCCUUGUAGCACGACUUGUGGAAUAGGCUUUCAAUUUCGUCAGCGUUCCUGCAGCAAUCCAACUCCUCGACAUGGAGGACGUGUCUGUGUGGGACAGAAUCGUGAGGAGAGGUACUGCAAUGAGCAUUUGUUGUGCACCCCUCAUGUGUUUUGGACAGGCUGGGGGCCAUGGGAGCGUUGCACGGCUCAGUGUGGAGGAGGGAUCCAGGCACGGCGCAGGACAUGUGAAAAUGGUCCUGACUGUCCUGGCUGCAGCAUGGAAUAUCAGCCUUGUAACACCAACACAUGCCCUGAGUUAAAAAAGACAACUCCUUGGACCCCCUGGACCCCAGUGAACAUUUCAGACAACGGUGGUCACUACGAGCAGCGCUUCCGAUACACCUGCAAGGCACGCCUGCCUGACCCAAACGUGCUGGAGGUGGGACGGCAGCGCAUUGAGAUGCACUACUGCUCCAGUCACAGCACCAGUGGAUGCUGGACAGAUGGAUUGUCAGGGGACUUCCUGCGUUCUGGAAGAUACUCUGCUCAUACCAUCAAUGGUGCCUGGUCACCCUGGUCUCCGUGGUCUCAGUGCAGUCGUGACUGCAGUAGAGGUAUUCGGAAUCGCAAACGGGUCUGCAGCAAUCCUGAGCCCAAGUAUGGGGGACUUCCUUGCCUUGGCCCAUCUCUAGAGUACCAGGAAUGCAAUAUUUUGCCUUGCCCAGUGGAUGGAGGCUGGUCUUGUUGGUCAUCUUGGUCAAAGUGCUCAGCAACAUGUGGAGGAGGGCAUUACAUGAGAACCCGCUCCUGCACAAACCCAACCCCAGCAUAUGGAGGUGAUAUCUGCCUUGGCCUGCACACUGAAGAAGCACUCUGCAACACACAGCCAUGUCCAGACAGCUGGUCUGAGUGGUCCAAGUGGUCUGACUGUGACUUGUCUGGCUUCCAGACCCGUGUUCGACAGUGUGUCAUUUUAUUUCCUGCGGGCAGCCAGUGCACAGGGAAUGCCACAGAGAGCCGAGCCUGUGCUGUGGACUCCAACUUUAUACCAGAAAUACCUGUGGCACAAUCCAGCAGCAUAGAAAAGAAACGAUGUGGCGAGUUCAACAUGUUCCACAUGAUCACAGUGGGAUUAAGUAGCUCAAUUCUUGGUUGCCUUCUCACCCUGCUUGUUUACACAUACUGCCAGCGAUACCAGCAGCAGUCCCACGAUGCGACUGUCAUCCACCCAGUGUCACCAGCUCCACUCAACACCAGCAUCACCAACCACAUUAACAAAUUGGACAAAUAUGACUCCGUAGAAGCCAUCAAGGCAUUUAACAAAAACAACCUGAUUCUAGAGGAGAGAAACAAAUACUUCAAUCCACAUCUUACUGCAAAGACUUAUUCUAAUACCUAUUUUACAGAUUUCAAUAAUUAUGACGAGUUCUAAUGGGCUUGUGUAUUUUCUUGCCUCCUGUAAUUCCCCAGUCUCCAAGGCCUUCAAGUGCUCAUGUGAUUGAGGCUUCAAAGAUUAAGUUCAGAGACAUUUCAAGCAUGAUCCAAGCCAUCAAUGUCCCAUUGCUACCAAAAGCCCAAACCACCUCUUUGUGACAUGACGUUUUCUUUCUAUAAUACAAGGUUGGCCUUCAG